UUGGUUGCUCCCGUCAUCGGGCGACGCGGAACGUUCUCAUUUCCGAGAACCAAGCCGUUAAAAAACCCUAACCCUCGCCGAGCCCUCUGCCCGCAAGACAAUGGCGGCCAUGAUCCUCCACCGCUCCCGCGGGCUCCUCCCCAAGUCCCUGCCCCAGGCCACCGCCCCCGUCGUCCGCGUCAUCUCUACCUUCCCCUCCCUCUUCCAGGUGCCCCAGCCGCAGGAGGCACCGACUUCCGACGCCGUCGCCCCCCUGCCCCCCAAUCCCUCCACCGGGAGCCCCUUCUACCAUGAGAAUUGGCGCGGCCCAAAUACCAGCGUCGGAAUCGGACCCCUCCUCGGAGGUCAGGCACUCGUCCCAGUGGGAUCCGUCGCCUCCGCCCGGGUGAUGGCUUACUCCCAGAUUGUCGACCUCUCCAGCCUGAUGGAUGUGUUCGCUGACUACAUGACAUCGCAGCGCUGGUCCGAGCUCAAGCAAAUGUUUGAGUUAUGGAUCCGCUCGCUGGAUGCUAGUGGGAAGCCCAAUAAGCCCGACGUCCAUCUCUUCAAUCACUAUAUCAGGGCUAAUCUGAUGAUGGGGGCGUCAGCAGGUGAGCUCUUGGAUUUGGUUGCUCAAAUGCAGGAUUACCAAAUUGCACCAAACACUGCGUCGUAUAAUUUGGUCCUCAAGGCUAUGUUUCAAGCGCGGGAGGAUGAGGCUGCACAGAAGUUGGCGGACCGGAUGAUACAGACAGGCAUUAUGCCAGAUGAUGAAUCGUACAAUUUGGUAAUUGGCCUUUUGAUUCUAACAAAUCAGAUAGAUUCUGCAUUGAAGUAUAUGGAUUUAACUAUAAAAUCUGGUUAUAUGAUAUCAUUAAGUGUCUUUAUGGAUUGUGUACGGAGUUGUGUUAAAGCUGGGAAGCUGGACACCCUAGCAUCCAUUAUUGAGAGAUGCAAGACAACAGACCAAAACAAAGCCUUAUGCCCAAGCUGGAAUUUGUGUAACCAUAUUGCAGAUGCAGCUUUGCAAGCAGAUCAUAGUAAAUUGGCAUAUUUCGCCUUCGAGUUUCUGGCCCGAUGGAUUGCUCAUGGUGAGAAUGCUAGACCACCAGUUCUUCUUUCUGCAGAGGAAGGUUUAGCCAUCUCAGCACUCACCACCGCGGGAAGAAAAUUGGACUCUACACUUUUAGAAGCUGCUUGGUCAAUUCUGCGACGCUCAUUGCGUCGAAAGAGGGCCCCGAGUCCUAAAGCAUACAUUGCAAAGAUAUAUGCACAUGCAUCAUUGGGACAGCUGCAACGUGUGUUUUCUACUCUCAAAGAAUUUGAAACUGUGUAUGGGAAUUCUGAAGACACUGAUCAGCAACUAUUUUCUCCUUUUUCAUCUCUAUACCCUGUUGUGGUUGCUUGCUGCAAGAAUGGUUUCUCUACAUUGGAUUCGGUGUAUGUUCAGCUGGAGAAUUUGAGUCAAGCAGAUCCCCCUUUCAAAUCUGUUGCCGCUCUGAACUGUGUGAUAUUGGGUUGUGCAAACAUAUGGGAUCUUGAUCGAGCAUACGAGACUUUUGGAGCCAUCAGUGACAAGAUUGGAUUGACACCCAACAUACAUUCUUAUAAUGCUUUACUGUCUGCUUUUGGAAAGCUCAAAAAGACUGAUGAAGCUAGCGAAGUCUUUAAGCAUUUGGUGAGCUUGGGCGUGAAACCAAAUGCAAUGACGUACUCAUUGCUUGUCGAUGCUCACCUAGUCAAUCGGGAUCCAAAAGCUGCUCUCACAGUCAUCGACGAGAUGAUCGAGGCAGGUUUUACUCCUUCAAAGGAAUCGCUAAUGAAGCUACGAAGACGCUGCUCUCGGGAAUUAGAUUUUGAAAGUGAUGAAAAGGUACAAUCUCUGGCCCAAACAUUUAAGUACAGACUGGGGGCAGAGACACGCAGAGAGAUUCUCUAUAAUCUGGAAUACAGCACUAACUAUUUGUAGGAGGUAGAUGAUUUGCAUCUGCAGCCUUCAUACCUGAAUUGCCGAAUAUGCAGCCUGCACUUCGGUUGGAUUCACCGGGUUCGAGCUUGUAAAUUUCUUAGUUAUAAUCUAUUUUCACCUGCAGAUGAAACUCUAGGAUAAGUGAUCGCCAGGUCCCUUGUUUCCGUUGAUUCGAUCUGUUGCAACUUUAGUCUGUUAGCCAUUUCCUGGGUCUUCCUUUUUCAAGCAUAUUAAAUUUUCUAAUAAAAUUUUGAUUUGCUGGAUGAUACCAUUACCAUUCAACUUUA